GUGGGCGUGAAGGUAUCAGCGGUAUCGCGCAAGACCAACACGACGCAGAGGGAGGUGGUGGGCAUCCGCACCACCGGGCCCACGCAGCUGGUGUUUCACGACACGCCACGCCAGGGCUGACAGUGGCGCUACCAUCGCAGCCGCUGUCAGCAUCGCAGCGCCAGGGGUCGCUGCUCGCCUCGUCCGCUGCCCUGCAUUGCCAUGUCGUGGCGCUUGUGAUUGAUGCCGACCGGCAGAUCAGGAGGCCAGACCCGCGGGUGCGGAGGAUGGUGGGGGUGGUGGGGGCGGAGCGGAGGGAGGGGCAGCAGCGCGUGGCGGUGCUGAACAAGGUGGACCUGGUGAAGGACAAGCGCCUGCUGCUGCCGCUCGCACACGAGCUCAGCGCUUUUCAUUCCAUUGAAAGGGUGUUCAUGGUAUCAGCGCUGCAGGACAAGGGCGUGAACCUGCUGGAGGAGUAUCUCUUUGACCAUGCGGUGCAGGCGGCAUGGGAGGAGGACCCUCGUCUGCGCACGGACCAGUCCCCUGAGCAGCUGGCCAUGCAGAUCGUGCGCGAGCUGCUGCUGCACCGCAUGCACCAGGAGGUGCCAUACGCCAUAGAGCACCGUCACGUGUCGUGCUGUGUGCUGAGGGAUGGGUCGCUGCGCAUAGAGCAGCUGCUGCUUGUGCAGUCCAAUGCACAGAGGGCCAUGCUCGUUGGCAAGGCAGGCCAGGUCGUGCGGGAUGGGUCUGCGCAUAGAGCAGCUAAGCUGCUGCUUGUGCAGUCCAAUGCACAGAGGGCCAUGCUCGUUGGCAAGGCAGGCCAGGUCGUGCGAGCAGCUAAGCUGCUGCUUGUGCAGUCCAAUGCACAGAGGGCCAUGCUCGUUGGCAAGGCAGGCCAGGUCGUGCGGUAA